AUGAGACAACCUUCCUCAGAUCAAUCAGAGAAUAAGGCAAUCACUCAGACCCACUGCUGUUACCAUGAGACAGCCUUCCGCAGAUCAGUAAAUAAGGCUGUCACUCAGACCUACUGCUGUUACCAUGAGACAACCUUCCUCAGAUCAGUGAAGAAGGCAAUCACUCAGACCCACUGCUGUUUCCAUGAGACAGCCUUCCUCAGAUCACACAACUCUCUGAUGCAGGCUCAGUCUCCGCAUCACUCCUCAACAUCUACCAGUAUAAACCUCCACGCAGGAGGUUACCUUCAACUCCCCACCCGAUCCUCACCAUCAGGAGGUUACCUUCAACUCCCCACCCAAUCCUCACCAUCAGGAGGUUACCUUCGACUCCCCCCCAAUCCUCACCAUCAGGAGGUUACCUUCGACACCCCACCCAAUCCUCACUCUCAGGAGAUUACAUUCAACACCCCACCCAAUCCUCACCAUCAGGAGAUUACCUUCAACACCCCACCCAAUCCUCACCAUCAGGAGGUUACCUUCAACUCCCCACCCGAUCCUCACCAUCAGGAGGUUACCUUCAACUCCCCACCCAAUCCUCACCAUCAGGAGGAGAUUACAUUCAACACCCCACCCAAUCCUCACCAUCAGGAGAUUACAUUCAACACCCCACCCAAUCCUCACCAUCAGGAGAUUACCUUCAACACCCCACCCAAUCCUCACCAUCAGGAGAUUAUCACAGACUACCCACCCAAUCCUCACCAUCAGGAGAUUACCACAGACUACCCACCCAAUCCUCACCAUCAGGAGAUUACCUUCAACACCCCACCCAAUCCUCACCAUCAGGAGAUUACUACAGACUCCCCACCCAAUCCUCACCAUCAGGAUAUUACCUCUGACUACCCACGCAAUCCUCACCAUCAGGAGGUUACCACUGACUCCCCACCCAAUCCUCACCAUCAGGAUAUUACCUCUGACUACCCACCCAAUCCUCACCAUCAGGAGGUUACCACUGACUCCCCACCCAAUCCUCACCAUCAGGAUAUUACCUCUGACUACCCACCCAAUCCUCACCAUCAGGAGAUUACUACAGACUACCCACCCAAUCCUCACCAUCAGGAGGUUACCUUCGACACCCCACCCAAUCCUCACCAUCAGGAGAUUACCACAGACUACCCACCCAAUGCUCACCAUCAGGAGGUUACCUUCGACACCCCAACUAAUCCUCACCAUCAGAAGAUUACCACAGACUACCCACCCAAUCCUCACCAUCAGGAGAUUACCACAGACUACCCACCCAAUCCUCACCUUCAGGAGAUAACCACAGACUCCCCACCCAAUCCUUAUCAUCAGGAUAUUACCUCUGACUCCCGACCCAAUCCUCACCAUCAGGUGUACAAUAAUUGA